CCCUUCCCCGCUCCUUCGCGUGCGCGGAUCAGAGCACACACAGUUCAAGACAGUCAUGUCGCGGUCCACGAGGUGGAGAGGAAUAGCUCCCAAGAUUGUAGCAGUACUCGCACUCUACACUGUGCCCUCCGUGGCUAUGGGAACCUACGCAUUUCACAGAUCAUGCGACGAGUACCCCUUUAUAGAGGAAGCCAUGAAAGAAGCCAUAGACAUGGCCAAGAUAGCAUAUGAGCACCUCCGCACGGACGUUUUCCCACCCGACCUCCUUCCGGCGUUUCUGCGCGUCUUCAAUACUUCCCCCUACGGCGCCAACCGUAUGAGAGACGUCAUGGGCAUCGUGAGACCCGUAAAGCAGACCUACAAGGCUAUAUCCAUGUUGCAGCCCAUACCCCGAUCUGCAUGGGAUUAUGCCGACACCCACAUCUACUGCGACGACGAUGACCGCUGGAAGCCGCAGGACGACGAUAAGGUGUCUCCGGACAAUGCCCUUGGGAUGGUUAUGGUCCCGAACAGCCAACGAAGACCCGAUAAAAAGGUCUAUGAGGAUGAGUCUAGCAGCUUGCUCACAAUAGGCACACCCACCUGUCGCUUACCGGAUAUGAUCGCGGCAACGUACCGAAAAGUGAGGCCAUCGCCGCCGUAUCGAGAGGUGCCGAGCGGGCGCAGCGCUAUUACAAUUUGCAAAGUGAGAGAUAAGUACGCUUCGGCGACGAUGGAAGCCCUGAAGCUGUUGGGAUAUUUCAGCAUCCCAGAGCUCGGCAUAGACGAAUUAACCCAGCUCUUGAGUUUUCGUCUUCUGCAUGAGCUUACAGCUACUGAGCCAAUGAAUAGGAUACCUGACGAACGUGCGAUUACGUGGCAGGAUGUUAUCUGGAAACAUCCCACAGAAGCGGUGAUGAGAUCGGCCAAUUAUGCUUUUUUUGGCCUACUGGUGCUGCUGGACGAGUGGGAUUAUUUACUGAGUAACGAUCAUGCUGAAUCUAUGCAGGGUAUCCUAGAUGUGAAGAGGCCCGAGAGUGAUGACAACGAUGACAGCGAUUAAUGAGAGAGUAGUCCUUGAUGGCACGUCUAAACCACACCCGUUCAAUAACUUUAAUCACUCCUAUAGCUAAAUGACGUA